CCCGCCAUUAGACACUGUAAAAAGAGGAAGCACAAGCUGUAAACACGUUUGAACUUCGGGUAUUUGAGAAGAGCUUGACGCGAGGGAAUAGAUGUCAGUUUGUUGUUUACCAGUACCAGUAACUAUGGAGAGAAGCGUGGAGACAGUUUCAGCCAUUAAAGCUUUAGGGUACCCGGGCGGGUCCUGCCUGACACGGUGCAAAUGUGACGAGCUUCCCUGUCCGCUGCUCACCUGGCUGUCUGAAGAGCUGAGAACCACCUGUCCGGAGCUCCGAGACUCGGGUGGGACAGGUGACGUCUUGCUCAUGGGAGAGCUGAGAAAUUUACUAUCGGACAUGUCCUCUCCCCUCACUGUGCUGGCUUCAGAGGUGCUGGAGCCAUCUGGUCUAAACAAAGUCACUGAGUUCCUUGUGUCAGAAUUGCAAGCAGCUCACAUGAUCAAGCAUAAGGAAUCACAUCCUGAGGACAAGACGCCAGGAGAGGAGUCUGAAAAAGAGCAGCGGGUUAAAGAUCACAGCCAGGAACUCACUGAGUUUUGUGAGGAUGAUGAUGAUUCUGACAAAGACAGAAGGAAGGCUGAGGCGCAGGCAGAGUGGAUAUUACUGCUGCAUGCUCUUGACAUGGACACCACCUCUCAGUUUGCAGAUGUGAUGAGUGAAGUGGAGGCCAGGCUUGCUCGUCUACCAGGUGGAGGCAUCAUGGACUCUCUUCUUAACACCAGCCUCAGCUCAGAGCAGUGGGUACAAGUUAAAAAGAUCAAUCAACAUCUGUCAAAGGACUAUCAUUGUCGACGGCAAAUGAUGAUUAAGCGAUUUCAGGUUACACUUGAGUCGUUUGCAUGGGGCGAAAAACAAAAGGAGCGCAGUGCAGUGCUUGCCUCAGUGCCUCCUCUUGCAUCCUUCGCCUGCUCUUCCCGAGUGUCCCCGUCUCUUCUGCUUGCUGCCAGAGAGGAUCAGUCCUUCAUUGAGCCAAUAAAGGCUGGAACAGGCACAGCAGUGUACAAGAUACGAAUGGGCAGCGUACCUGACAGAGGAGGACGACCAGGGGAAAUUGAACCACCGAUGCCGAUGUGGGGAGAGCGAAGGACGCAAGGAAACCGGUCGGGAAGAGGAAGUGGACACCAUCAACGGCGUAAAUUUUCAGAUAAGAAAAAGAAAGGGAAAAAAGAGUAGCAUGUCUUUCUCUUUGGCUUUACUGCUUAAUAUGAGAAAUAAACGAUCAUUUUCCUUUAUUUAAAUACUUAUUAUGAAAUGAAAUAUGGCUGUAGAAUGCUAUACACAAAUUUAAUUUUAUAGUUAUAAAUGUAUGUCUAAUUUGUAGUUAUAGUACACAGACACACCAGACGGUUUCACAUUUCUGAAAUAUAUUGACAUUGCUAUAAGGUACUGGUAUGUAACCAGAUAUUUUUGUAUGACUUUUGUUGAUAUGAAAUAACAAAACAGAAAAAUAAUUCUUGAUUUAUUUUUUUUUAACAUGUUGGCUUGGCACAUCUGUAGAUUUUUGUUGGUUCAUUUACUCAGGAAUAAACCUAGUAAACACCUAA